CUGAUUACGAACCAGGACGUGUAUUUUGAAGAGUAGUUCGUUGAUCACUAUUGUCGACCGACUAUUCGACACGUCGCCGUGGUCCCUGAACCACAACGUGUAUCGCUGUUCACUACCAUCACCUUCCGACACGUCUGCGUGGUGCCCUUACCAGGACGUGUAUCCCCGAGAGUGAUCGACGACAUCGCCGCUCAUCCUGAGCAUUUCCGGCACGUCUCUCUGGUUUCGAACCAGAACGUGUAUUUUGAAGAGGAAUCAGUUGAUCAUUGUUGUCGCCAUCCGACCAUCCGACACGUCUGCGUGGUGCUCUUGCCAGGACGUGUACCCCGUGAAGUGAUCAACGACAUCGCCGCUCAUCCCGAGCAUUUCCGGCACGUCUCUCUGGUUACGAAAUAGGACGUGUAUUUUGAAGAGUAGUUCGUUGAUCACUAUUGUCGACCGACCAUUCGACACGUUGCCGUGGUCCCUGAACCACAACGUGUAUCGCUGUUCACUAUCAUCGCCCUCCGACACGUCUGCGUAGUGCCCUUACCAGGACGUGUAUCCCCGAGAAGUAAUCAACAUCUACACCAUCGACUUUCCGGCACGUCUCCGUGGUCGCAAACCAGGACGUGUAUUCCAAGAGGGUUCCGUUGAUCACUAUUGCCGCCUGACCAACCCACACGUUGCCGUGGUCCAGCGCCACAACGUGUUCUACUUCGAGAAAGUGAUCGACCACAUACGCCAACGCAAGUAAUCCCGUGUAUUUCCAGCACGUCUCAACCAAGCAGACGUGCAAUCCAGGACGUGUAUUGACAAUAGGAGCCUCGUUGAGAACUAUCACCGUCCGAUCUUCCGACACGUCGCCGUGGUCUCUCACCCACAACGUGUAUCGCCGUGCUCUACCACCGCCAAUUUUCCAACACGUUCCGAGGUGCUCGUACCUGAACGUGUAGCACCCUGAGGAGAAGGAUUUCGUCGAUCGCAAUAUCCGCCCGAAUACCCGCCACGUUUGCGUGGUUCCUUAAUCGAGACAUGUACCACCGAAGAAAAGUUGUAUCGUCGUCUGAUACCAAUCAUCGACUCGUUUGCUGGCUCCAAGGCCGAACGUCAGUCCAGGAGAUUUCGUCCCUCAACUAUCCGAUAUUCUCAACACUUGUAGUCCCGUGUAGGAAUCUGCCGACAACGCUAGAGAGUUCACUCCGUUUUCACUGAUAGCCAAAGAAGCUCAAGCCGUUUGAGAGAGUGUACUAGAACGGAUCAUCCGGAUUCGAGUGAGCACAUUCCCCACGCCUUCUGUUGAAGCCUCCGCAGUGUAGGUGCGUUACCCCAUCGUGAGCGUAUUUCAACCCGACAAGUUAUUCUAGAGUUUGCAUCGACGAACGAGUUGACUGAGGCCAUCAAGAUGGACCGACAUGAUGUAGUUCUGCACGAUCAAAACGCCGAUUGGAGAUCAUCCGUGGACCCUCAAGCAUUGAAGCAGUCUACGUCGCUCUCACGUCAGCGAGAACACGUGCACUUGAAGCUGGUUCGAGUAGAGAACGCACUUGCUGCCGCCCAAAACCAGGUUAGCCAACCACGACUGAGGACUUACCUGAAGAACGUAGACGACGCCUAUGCCGAGUUUAAUGCCGUACACAGCCAGCUGAUCACGAUCGUUCCAGAGGAGGCCCUACGAGAGCAAGAGGAAAUAUACAUCGGCUUUGAGGAGCGAUACAAUCAUCUCCGCUCGACCAUUGGUGACUUGUUGAACGCUCAUGACACGCAUCCCGCUACAAAUCAACAUUCACGUUUGCAACCUUUGAGUGCUCCGAUUUUCUUCGAUAUUGAUGACUACAAAUCCGACUGGCGAAAGCUUUGUUUCAAAACAUUUUCAGAUGACUACCCAAAUAGCACACCCGGAAAUCUACAGGAGGAUUUCGAAUUGCCGAGCCACGAAGAGUCGAAUGUCCAAGUGCAGGAGAACUGUGAGUUCACCCCGCAGUGUUCGCCGUUCUCAUCCGAUCCACAACCGACGAGCUUCAACCCACGAGAAGAGUACAUCCAACGUAGCACAUCGGCUGAUCUACAACCGCCUAAGAAGAAGACUCGAGACCUUCGCCAGGAACCGAAGAACAACCUGUCCGAUCCGAGGAUUGUUACUUACGCCGACCAAUCCCAGAGUAUGAAGUGCAGUUCGAUUCCCCAAGCCGCUCUUAGUUCGACAUCCGGCAACUUAGCUGAUUCUUCGGAAACCGAAAUUCGGCAACCCGCAGCCACUGACGAAAAGUUAGGGCAACCGAUCAACGGUAACGCAACGACUCAGCCGAUCAACGCCUUUGUGAACGAAGACAACCAGUUUAGACAACGCCAACCAUGGGUUCCACCGAUCAAGAAAGAGUUGAAAGAGUUGAGUUGUUCGCAAACAUCGUAG